GCUAAAAAGCAAGUCUUGAAAACAUGUGGAAUCAAUCAUGCGUUUGUACUGGAGAAUGGAGAUGACUCCAAAAACCUAAUACCAUCAUGCCUUGACCGAAAAAGCCAAGUCCACUACUUCUCACUCUUCCCACUAGAGAAGCUCCAGAUGAUACAUCACUCCAAUUCUUUCAAGCGUGUCCCUUUCAUGUCAUAAGUCAUAAGAAGAUUAUAUUUAUCACCACCACCACAUUUCAGUUUUGCAACAUCCUUAUCUCUCUUUUCCUUCUUUUUGAACCUCAGUUCUUGACUUCUUGUUAGUGCUAAAAGCGAAGUGAGCAUUUCAUUAUUGAAGAAUGAGAACAAAUCUUGAUACCAAUGAACCCAACUCCAUCAGCCACCUCCCAAUGCUCAAAUUCCUUGAUUGUUCUCUUAGGGUCUCUGUGAUUCCUUUAAGUGCUGCAACCAUAUGGCUAACUGUGACAAACCAGCAGGAUAAUACCACCUAUGGGAAAGUAGAGUUCUCCAAUCUUAUGGGCCUCAAGUACAUGGUUUACAUCAGUGCUAUUUGUGGUGGUUACGCUUUUAUUGCUGCUAUUUCUUUAUGGGUCAGAUGCUUAGUGAAGAAAGCUUGGCUCUUCUUUGUCACUGACCAGCUUGUGGCUUACUUCAUGGUCACAUCCGCAGCAGCAGUGUUGGAGAUACUGUACUUAGCGUACAAUGGUGAUAAGGAAAUUACAUGGAGUGAAGCCUGUAGUUCCUAUGGAAAGUUUUGCAAUAAAAUGAAGCUAGCCUUUGUUUUCCAUGCCUUGGCCCUUUUCUGCUUCAUUGUUUUAGCUGUAAUCUCAGCUUAUAGAGCUUUUAGCAUGUUUGAGCCUCCUUCCCUUCCUUCUAAAGAAGUGGAAGAAGAAAGAGCUUAAACACUCUUAUGCACCAGUUGCUCUUACAGUUGGAUUUCAAAUAAAAAUAUACAUGUUUCUUUUUAA